UCUUUCUCUUUCCAGCAUCUACUAGCAUUUUGCUAGUACAUUCCAUUUUAUAAUCUGCGUUGAAGUGCAAAUAGCCAUUGUUUUUAGUUAAAAUGGCAGAUACCAAAUUGUACGAUUUAUUAGGAGUAUCCAGGCAUGCGAAUGAUACAGAAAUCAAAAAGGCAUACAGAAAGCUAGCCAAAGAGUAUCAUCCCGAUAAAAAUCCUACUGAAGGAGAAAAAUUCAAAGAAAUUUCAUUUGCAUAUGAAGUCUUGUCUGAUCCCAAAAAGCGUGAGAUUUAUGAUCGCUCAGGUAUCAAAGGUCUUCAAGGAGGUGGAGAUGAAGGUGGAAUGGCUGCGGAUGACCUUUUUAGUCAUCUCUUUGGUGGAGGACUCUUUGGCAUGGGUAUGGGAAUGGGUGGAAGUCGCAGACGUAAGCGUGGUGAAGACACUGUUUAUCCCUUGAAAGUUACUCUUGAAGAAUUGUAUAAUGGAAAAACUUCCAAACUAAAUCUUAACAAGACUGUUAUUUGUAAAGCUUGUGAUGGGUUGGGUGGUCGACCUGGAGCUGUUAACAGAUGCCCAGCAUGUCAAGGCCGUGGAAUAAAAGUUACUUAUCGACAGCUAGGACCUGGUAUGGUUCAGCAUAUGCAGGCAGCUUGCCAAGAUUGUAAUGGAGAAGGUGAGGUUUUGAAUGAACGUGACCGGUGUAAAGUAUGCAAAGGCAAAAAGAUUGUUCACGAGACCAAACGUUUAGAAGUACAUGUAGAUAAAGGAAUGGUUGAUGGGCAGAAGAUAUAUUUCAGAGGUGACGGUAACCAACAGCCUGGAGUCGAGCCUGGUGAUGUGAUCAUUGUUCUACAGCAGUUGCCACAUGAACGCUUCCAACGAGAUGGCUGUGAUCUGUUUAUGACUCAUAGUUUGACAUUAACUGAAGCUCUAUGUGGGUUUGUUGUGGUCAUUAAGCAUUUGGAUGGUAGAGAUUUAGUUGUUCGGCAACAACCUGGAGAAGUUAUUAGUCCUGGUACUAUUAAAGGUGUAGCUCAUGAAGGAAUGCCUGUCUACAAAAAUCCAUUUGAACGAGGGAAUUUGUACAUUAAAUUCAAUGUAACAUUCCCUGAUAAUCACUUCACUGAUGUAAAUAACUUGAAGCUUCUUGAGAGAUUUUUACCUCCAAGGCCAGUGUUUGAAAUGCCAACUCAUGAAAAUGUAGAAGAGGUUGAUUUGCAUGACUAUGACCCAGAUUCAUACAGGGGUGCCAGCGGUAGCCGUUCAGAAGCUUACGAUUCAGAUGAUGACGAGAGAUGUCGUGGGCCUGGUGUACAAUGUGCGCAUCAAUAGACAGUUCCAUUUAGUUUAAUUGUACUAUAUUAAAGAACCAUUUUUAAAAAGUGAAUUCUUGGGGAAGGUAGUGAACCAACAGUGGCGGGAUAUUUAUGUGCAGCAUCCAUUUUAUUUAUGCUAUCCAUUAUUUUUCCUGUGAAGCAUGCACACUUUAAUAUUUGAGAUAAAGAAGGAAAAAAAUGAGUUUCUGUAAAAUAGUACUGAAUUUAUAUAUAAUGAGUUCUUCAUACCUCAUUGGAAAGUUAGUUGUAGAAAGUGUAUGCGAUUUGUAAUCAUCUGAUAGCCGCUUUUGUUGGUUAGUCUUGACCCAGUCUAUCAUGUAUGACUAAUUAAAUGCACUUCAUGAGUUCUCGAUUUCUUAUGUUUUUAUCUUUCAAAUUUGAUCUACAUAAGAGAACUCCAAUAAAUUUUUUAAAUUCCAGAAUUUUCAAAUUUGCUAUCUAUAUUAAAAAUGUAUUAGUAUCUGUCAAAUUGCAUCUUAUUUAAUAAGUUCUUGUACAGUUGAAUUUUCGUCAUGUAUUGAGUGUGUUUGAUAUCCUUCCAUUUAACAUGUGUUUAUAUUUUAUCUGAAAGUGAGUUUCGUGUUUCUCUGAGCUUUAUAUAGAGCAAGAUUUUUUAUUUUCUUCUCCAACUAUAUUUUUGCUGUCUUUCUGUGAUGAAAAAUACAGUUGAACUUGGAAGAUAAUGCUGCAAUGAAAAUAUUUGACAAAAAGCUCAUUACCUUUAAUGUUAAGCUUCUAAUAAUAAAAUUAAAUUUAAUCUAUGUUAUUUGCAAUAGUUAUGUUUACUGAUAAUUAAAUUGAACCUGUCUGGACAUUUGAGAA